UGGACAAAAUGGAGGACGUGUUGACAGCAUCGACCGUUGGUCUACGUCGGAUGUUCUACUUGGUCACACCAAAUGAAACAUCCUUCAAAGAUGUGGAUGACGUUCCCAGAUAUCUUGAAGAGGCGCUUCCUGUCUUCAUGGUUUUACUAAUGAUCGAAAUCCCGAUACUCUUCAUUCAGGGGAGACCACUCCCAAGGUUCAACGAUAUUUUCAGUUCUUUGGCUGCGGGAAUAAUCUCAGAGUUCCACAAUUUACUGUUCCGCGGUACUCAUUUAGCGACCUAUAUAUGGGUAUACAAGCGAUGGAACAUUGUAUCCCUACCCUGGGACAGUCCUUGGACUUGGCUCUUUGGUCUGGUUUUUGUGGAUUUUGGAUAUUACUGGGUACACAGAACAGGACACGAAAUGAACAUCAUGUGGGCGGGACACCAGACUCAUCACAGUUCUGAGGACUACAACAUGAGUACUGCCCUACGACAAUCCGCCUUCCACAGAUACUUUAACUGGAUAUUCUACCUCCCCCUGGCCCUGUUCAUGCCUCCGUCGGUCUUCCUUGUCCACAUCCAGUUCAACCUACUCUACCAGUUCUGGAUCCACACAGAGACCGUGAGAAGUGUGGGACCUCUAGAAUGGAUACUUAACACUCCAAGUCAUCACAGAGUCCAUCAUGGCCGAAAUCCUUACUGCAUCGACAAAAACUACGCAGGCGUCUUCAUUAUCUUUGACCGAAUGUUUGGUACAUUCCAAGCGGAGGAGGAGAAAGUGAUUUAUGGACUUGUACAUCCACUCCAGUCCUGGGAUCCAAUCAAUGCACAGAUAUGUCACUUUAAGUACAUGAUCAAGAAAGUUCAGGAAGAAAAGGGCUUCAGUAACAAGAUGGGGGUCAUCUUUAAAGGUCCGGGCUGGUCGCCUGGGAAACCGUGGACAGGAUUACUAGAGGAUAUCCCAGAGGUGAAGGAGCCUAUAAAGAAGUAUGACAGCGAUGUCCCUCUUUGGACAAACCUGUACAUAUGUCUUCACUUUGCCUUAAUGGUUGUCGCGUCAGGAGCUGUAGCCAAAUUCAGAAAGGGAAUGGCACCAGUAUGGGUGGUAGCCUUUAUCCUAUACAUGCUGUUCUCGCUGACAAGCUUUGGAGCCAUUUAUGACAACAAGAGUUAUGCACCUUUGAUGGAACUAUUUAGAUGUGGUGUGUUCCUUGUCGUGGCUAAACUCAGCAUUCCUAUGGCGUCCUCCAUGGUUACCGUUGGUUAUGGCCUGAGCUUGUUUUACCUUGCGUCUGCAGGUCUUUGGCUGAUUAUCAGUGCGAGACACAAUCUCCUGGUGAAGAAAGCCAAGUCAUUGUAACUGUGAGACAGUCUCCUACUACUAUUGAUAUUUAUUUUUAUCGGUUGAAGAUAUUUGAGAAAUCUCCUUCCUGAAACAAAGGAAAUUUAUAAUGGCGUGGACUUCCUCGACCAGUGACAGCAGUGGAAUUUGAAACUAUUGUAGGUUUUGUUUAUAUCUAAAAGUCCUUUAUGUACCCCUUAUGUAUGGAUAAAUGUUAACCGAAUUUGUCAUCAGACAUUCCAACGUCAUCUAUAAUGUAAAAAGGAAGGGUCGGUAAGGGGACAUGAAUUGCUUAGCAAUACCCAGCAUGCUUGUUACUUAUAAACGACAAUCAGUUUAGCAAUUACCUCGGUAUAACUGUGAUAUGACGUCGAUAUUGUUUAAUAUUCAAUGAUAUGAAAGGUGCUAUCUUUGUUUUAUACUUUGUUGGUAAAUAAAAUUGUUCACUGUA